AUGUCUACACAGUUUAGAUUGUUUGCUCAAUCUAGCAAUAGGUUGAGACGUGCUACUUCCUCGUCAUCAUCAUCAACAACAUCAUCAUUAUAUAGUAUAAACGGCAAUGGCAUCAGACUGAGUGGAGCCAACAACAACAGCCUAUUCAACAACAACAGCCUAUUCAACAACAACAACAACUACACCUGUACAAAUCAAACAACAACAUCAACAUCACUACUGCGUAGACAUUACUUUAACACAAACAACAAUAGUAACAACAAUAACAACAACGAUGAUAAUCAACAAAAUGGAUUAAGGAAUAUGUUACAAUACUAUCAACAGAGAUCGAUUGAGUACUUGAGAGCGAUCAGUAGUGGCAAUGGUUCAUUGCUGUUGGCAAACAAGGGCUGGGGCAACUUUGAGAAGAAGAACGAGAGCAAGCCCGCAGAGGGCGAGGACAAGAAGACGUCCGACGACAAGAAGGCUGCAGAGGAAACAUUCGGCAACGCCAAGGACAACAAGGACAACGUCAAGGACAGGCGACACGACAAGAGCAGCAAGAAGGAGGACAAGGACGACGAUAAGAACGAGGACGAGGGCGGCUCACCCUCAAUGACCAGCAUAUUGGGCGCGAUCUUUGCCACGGGCGGCCUGAUGUACCUGCUCACGCCCAAGUCGCCCGAGGACUCGGACACGCACAUGACAUUCAGCGAGUUCAUCACAAAGGUGCUGCCCGACAAGACCGCCACCAAGAUCCGCGUUUACAACAACGUCGCCGUCGUCCUCGGUCAGGACCAACAGGUGAUUGGCACAUUCCCCAUUGGCGACAAGAAGGUGUUUGAGGAGCAGCUCGAGGCGGCGCAGACGCAGAGCGGAAUCACCAAGAACAACUUCCUUCCCGUCUCCUACUUUGAGCGCACGGACUACCGCGUCGUGCUGAUCCAGAUGAUCCCAUACGCCAUCCUGGCCUACUUUGCCUUCAGGAUGUACAAGUCCAUGACGUCCAAGUCGAACAAGAUGAACAUGUUCUCGCCGGGCAAGAUGAACGCCAAGCAAUUCAAAAAGACCGAUGCCAAGGUGUCCUUCAAGGAUGUCGCCGGCCUGGGCGAAGCCAAGGUCGAGAUCGAGGAGUUUGUCAACUUCCUCAAGGAUCCCAAGCGUUACCAUGACAUUGGUGCCAAGAUCCCAAGAGGUGCAAUCCUCAUUGGACCACCAGGAACUGGAAAGACAUUGCUAGCAAAGGCAACCGCAGGCGAAGCCAAUGUACCAUUCUUCUCGACUUCAGGAUCGGACUUUGUCGAGAUGUUUGUUGGUGUUGGACCCGCAAGAGUGCGUGAUCUCUUUGAGCAGGCGAGAAAGAAUGCACCAUGUAUCGUAUUCAUCGAUGAGAUUGAUGCCAUUGGACGCGCAAGAGGCAAGGGUGGAUUCUCUGGCUCGAACGACGAGCGUGAGAACACUCUCAAUCAGCUGCUGGUCGAGAUGGACGGCUUCACACCACUCAAGAACGUCGUUGUGUUUGCCGCCACCAAUCGUCCCGACAUCCUGGACCAGGCGCUCCUGCGUCCAGGUCGUUUCGAUCGCCAGAUCACCAUCGACAACCCCGACCUCAAGUCGCGCGAGGAGAUCUUUGUCGUUCAUCUCAAGACGCUGACUCUGGACAACAACGUGGAGUUCUAUGCUGAGAAGUUGGCCAGGCUCACACCAGGUUUCUCUGGUGCCGACAUUGCCAAUGUGUGCAAUGAGGGCGCCCUGAUUGCCGCCCGUCGCGACGCUGAGAAGAUCGGACUGGUGCACUUUGACGCUGCCAUCGACCGUGUCAUUGGUGGACUGGAGAAGAAGAACAAGGUGCUGUCGCCACAGGAGAAGAAGACGGUAGCCUACCACGAGGCUGGACACGCCGUCGUCUCAUGGUUCCUGGAGCACUGCAACCCAUUGCUCAAGGUGUCCAUCGUGCCACGUGGUGUAGCCGCGCUAGGCUACGCCCAGUACAUGCCCAAGGAGGAGUUCCUGAACACUAAGGAGCAGAUCUUUGACAAGAUGUGCAUGGCACUUGGCGGCCGUGUCGCUGAGCAGAUGACAUUUGGCACGAUCACCACUGGUGCCCAGGACGACCUGGAGAAGAUCACCAAGAUGGCCUACUCCCAGGUGGGCAUCUACGGAAUGAACGACAAGGUCGGCCCGUUGUCAUACCCGCGCAAGGACAGCUCCGACCUGACCAAGCCAUACAGUGAGGAGACGGCCGAAAUCAUGGACCAGGAGGUCAGAAUCCUGUUGCAGCGUGCCUAUGACAAGACCACCGAGGUGUUGAAGGAGCACAAGGAGGGUUUGGAGGCAGUGGCCGCUUUGCUCUUGUCAAAGGAAGUGAUUCAUGCCGAGGAUAUCGAGAAGAUCCUCGGACCACGACCAUUCGGAAUCCCUGAGCCAGAUGUGAAGAAGGAUAUUCAAUCAACAUCAACAGCAUCAUCAACAACUACAACCACGACGACUCAAACUCCAUUGACUGACGCACCGACUAUUGAGCCUCAGACAGCAUAA